AUGGCACCCGCGAUCAACGAUCCUAUCUCGCCUACCGCGAGCGAUUCGUGUGCAGUAUGUCCCAUGGAUUCUGCCAUCACUUGUGAAGGGUGCGAAAACAUCAAGUACUGCUCGGUGGAAUGUCAGCUACGUGACUCGCCGCAGCACCAUACUCUCUGCAGCACCUUCAAGGACUUUCAACAGCGGCCGAGCGAAAAGCAUUAUCGAGCCAUCUUGUUCCCCUUUGCCGAACUCAAGCCACGAUUCAUCUGGCAACUUAUCGAUGGAGAUCGAGGAUAUCACACGCCCAACAAGGAAGAUCUAUCUCAGUACCUUCAGCGUGGCACUGAAGGCUACUUUGUCAGCUGGAAUGGCGAUGUAUUGCCUCUUCGUGAGCUCAAGCACUCCAUGUACAUCGAUGUUGAGCAAAGCAGCGUCUCCAAUGAAGGACCCCCUAACAUGUGCUUUUUCACAAUGAUCAAUCCCCACGUGGGGAAUCUUCGCCGUGGUACCCAUCUUGGCCGUGGUUGGAAGUAUACAAAUUUGAACGAGAAGGACGCUUGGGAUGAGGCCGAUCGCGAGUUGCGCGACGGCUUCCUCCUGAUCGCAUUAGACCUAGAUACAACUUCCCUGGGACCGUUGUUGGCACGCAUUCUUGUUGGGACGCCUCAAGAUACAGAUGGUGUGACAUAG